AUGAUUAGGUACACUGUUGCUGGCCAUUCCAGAAGGUGUGUAGUAGGAGCUUCGAAAAGAGUGGGUGCAAUUAAAUGUAUCACCGUCGCCGCCACCAAGAGAUUUAUCUCCAAUAAGCCAAACGAAGUUUUUACCAAGCUAACGAAUGACAAUGAUCCAAAGAGAGAUGCCUUUUUCAAAUAUACGUGGGGCUCAUGGCUUAAAAAUGAUAAGCAAGAAAAGGAAAAAAGAUUCACGAAGUUUUCGAUUGAAGGUUUAAAUCGCAUUCUCAAUGACAUCUACAUUCAAUCUAAUGAAAUGGCUAAGGCCCCCGACGGUAAGAUCUUACCACCAGUGUUUAACAAGAACUUGACCGUUUCAUUGGUCAAUAACGUUGUACCAAAGAAUAUAGGUAAAAUCAACCCAAAUGAAAAAGUUCAAGUAACCACAUUAUCUAGUAUUCACGAAGGUAAACAUCACAGAAUAUACAAGGUCGACACGAAUUUGAACAAGGCAUUUAUCUUGAGGAUUCCUUAUCCGCUGGAAAAUGAAAACACUCUAUCCUACAGAAUAAGAAGUGAAGUAGCAACCAUGGAUUUUGCUGACUUGAAGUUGGGCAUCAAAGUUCCCAAGAUUUUUUGUUAUGGUGUCAAUUCUUUGAACCCUGUAAGGCAGCCUUUUGUCUUACAAGAAUUUAUCGAAGGAGAACUCUUGAUGAAAGAUUGGGAUCCAUUGAUUGAAGACGGUUCCUCCAAUCAAAAAAAAUAUGACAAUGUUAUUAAACAAGUUUCUGAUUUUCAGUCGAAGUUAGUGUCAUUGAAAUUAAAUGCAUUUGGAUCCAUAUAUUUUAACAAUGACUUAAAAGACGGAAAUGAGAAGGAGUUUGUUAAGGAAGACAUAUACGAUGGGGAAACUAAUCCGGAUCUACAAAACAGAUGGAAAAUUGGGCCAUCCGUGGAAAGAUGUCUCUGGAGACAUAAAUCUCACUUGGAUUUUCAUAAACAAAUGAAACCUUUUUUGGGACCAUGGCCAAAGAAGUCUCCAAUGGAUAUAAUUAAAAAUACUGGCCUAUUGGAAGCUGAAAAUGCUAAAACUAGAAUAGCCAUGAAAGAGGCAGGAAGUUCAGCUGAAUUGAUGUAUCCUCGAACUUUGAAGGAGCAAAUAACUACCUAUGAAAAUUUAGCUAAGAUUGCCCCGGAUUUAUUCAACGUCAAAACAAAGGCCAUUCCAAAUAUGCAGGAACUAUUGUCACCACGUUUGUUUCAUCCUGAUCUAGACCCCAUGAAUAUUAUUGUUAACAAAGAAGCACAAGAAGCCUAUCUAUUAGAUUUUGAAGGAGCAUGCACAAAACCUUUCAUUUUACAGAAUUCGCCACAAUUCAUCGCCUAUGAUGGGCCCAAGAUUUAUGACUUAAAGGAGGACAUAACCGAUUUUGACAAAUUAUCUGAGGCGGAAAAGGUGCAAUAUCAGUUCAUGUACAAGCGCACCCGUAAUCAACAUCAAUGGGAGAAAAAAUUAAAUGACAAUAAUCCUAAAUUAAUUACUGCAGUUGCCCCACCUGUUAAGCUACUGAGAAGCCCAUAUAUUGCAGCUGUCGAAAGAAAAACGGAAGAAGAGUAUUUACUUAUUGAUGAAUCACUAUUGCAAUUGAAGGAAGUUUGGGACAUCUUUGCCCAGAAUGAGUUAGUGAAUCAGAAAAAGUUUCCUCUAAACUAUAGUAAAGAAGAUAUUGAAAGACAUGUUGAGGAUUUGCAAAAAUUACACGAAAAGCUAAUCUCUACACCAUUUGCUGCCACUCAAGGGUGGAUUCCUCAAGAUAUGUUUGAUCAACUAUUAAAUUCCGGCAGUAUUGUUAAGCAAGAGAACGGAGACUACACCGUGAAGCAACCUGAAGCUACCAAAUAA